AUGGGAAUGGGAGAAGUCAUUGAGAAAAAUGGCAAAUUGUAUCUUAUGGAACUUGGAGCUUUAGACCUAUUAGAAAAUAGUGGUAGAAGCAUAUCUCUGACAGAAAUGUAUGAAAAGGUUGCUGGCGGGAAGAGUGGAUGUUGUUGGGAGUUGUUUGAGGUUUACAGGCACCUCAAGUCUCUCGGUUACAUAAUUGUGCGGCAUGGUGUUCUUUGGAGUUUGAAGAGUAUUAAAAGUUCCCAUAGACCUGCUGCUCUUGAAAUCACAGAAGAAAGCAAUGGACUAGCAGAUAUGGGUUCCAAAUCUGAGCUUGGUAUCGAUAAGUUAUUUUCUGAUUUGCAGAUUAAUGAGUUGAUGCCAGAUUUUGAUGUUUAUCUUCCAAAUAGCCGGUUUAGAAAGUCUUCCCCUGGUGAUCCAAGUUUUCUACUAUACUUAUCUAGAGGAAUUCACACUGGCAGACACGCUGCUUCAUUGCGUGGCAGUGUGUGUUCGGGUUGGGGGGUUGUAAGGGGUCAUCCACCAUCUAAAGUAGAGAUUGAAUCUCUUGAGAAACAAUGUGGUGGCAUUCCUUUGAAAAUCUGCCAGCUUAUAGGAUUCGGUGAUGUGCGAGAAAGAUGCAGAAUGGGCUCAGUGACACACAACCAGUACUUGGCUCUAGCCAAACUGAUCAUGAUAUUGAUGUGGGAGCAUGUUAUUGUUGACCAUAGCAAGAAUACGAAGGCAUUGGCUUAG